AGAACGAUGUCAACGCUUGGCAAUGGCGCUCGUCGUCCAGGACAACGAGGACCUCGCAUUCGAUUUUUCUCUCAAAAAAAUAUUCGAAGCCGGUGUGCUGGAUCCCAUGAUUUCAAUGCACGCUCGCAUUCUCACCGGUCGGUGACACACAAACCCGGUGACAUGGUAUGAAGUCGUCCUUCAACCAUGUCCAGGAGACCAAUUAGGAUAGGCAAUUCAUCGGGCUACGCAGGAGAUGGACCCGACCAAAUCUACCGUCUUGCCGUGGACGGUCCAAUCGACGCUAUUUUCGCAGACUACCUCGCGGAAAUGAACAUUGGAUGGCGAGCAUUAGAGAUCGUCGACCACCCCGAACUCGGCUACGAAACCGCAGCUCUCACACAAAUCCAAUGGCUAACUGCUGCUGAGGAAAUUGCAAAGAAGGGGAUCAAAGUCGUUCACGACGGUGGAGCACUCAACCCUUUCGGCCUGUACAAAGCCGUCAAGAAGUACUUCGAAGAGAAGAAUUUGGAUCAUGUAAAAGUAGCUUGGGUGGAAGGAGACAAUGUUACCGAGGUCGUGAAGGCACAGAUGAAAGAAGAUUCUGAUACAGCGAUGUUCCCACACCUGGAUAUCAAAGGUCUUGACAUCCGCUCGAUUGAGGGGAAACUCCUUUCUGCGAAUGCAUACAUUGGUAUGGGAGGAAUCAUCGCGGCACUCAAUGAAGGCGCCCAAGUCAUCAUCUGUGGACGGUGUUGCGAUGCUUCGCCUCUAAUGGCUCUAGCCGCAUGGUGGCACGGAUGGAACGAAACAGAAUACGACAAACUCGCCAGCAGCCUCGUUACCGGCCAUAUCGUCGAAUGCGGGCCUUACGCCACAGGAGGGAACUUUUGUGGAUUCAAAGCGAUCAAGAACCUCCACAAAGUACCUGGAUUCCCUAUCGCUGAAGUCUACGCUGACGGCACCUCCAUAAUCACUAAACAUGAAGGGACGUACGGGGCUGUUACGGUUGAUACGGUGACUGCUCAGUUGGUGUAUGAAAUCCAAGGUCCGAAAUACCUGAACCCUGAUGUCGUCGCGGCUCUUGAAGGGAUUAAACUCGAACAAGUUGGGAAGGAUCGUGUUAGGCUAUCCGGUAUACGUGGGUCUCCACCACCCCCUACGACUAAACUUGCGAUAUAUUCCCUGCGAGGGUAUCAAGCGGAGCUUACACUAUUCGCGGUGGGGUUGGAUAUUAAAGAGAAGGUUGAACUGCAGAAGGCGCAGGUUCUGGGAGCAGUGGAUAGAUCGAAGUAUUCGACGAUUUCGAUUCAUACGUAUGGGACAUGCCCUGAAAACCCGGAAUCUCAGAACGAUGGGACUGUUGCGAUUAGACAUUUUAUCCAAGCUCCUACGGGUGAGGCGAUUCUGGAGUUUUGGAAAACGCUGUAUGGGAUUAUCAUGGGUGGGUAUGCGGGUGUCCAUGCGUGCGUAUUAGAAGGAGUAUUUUCCUUGCCACUGCUGCUGAUCGGUACUCGAUUCUGUAGAAACAUGGAUAUGCGUACUACUCAACCCAAGCCGUAUAUGGAAUACUUCCCUGCUCUUAUUCCACAGGAUUUGAUAGCGGUGAAAGCUCAUGUUGAAGGAAAAGUUAUACCCGUUUCUCCUUUAUCCAGAACAGAGCCGUUCUACGGGCAAGAGUCUUAUGGCCCCAAGACCGUUACUGAUCUCAACAGUUUUGGGCCGACAGAUAAGGUGCCGUUAGGAAAACUAGUCUACGCGCGUUCAGGCGACAAAGGCGGCAACGCCAACGUUGGUCUAUGGGUCCAUCAAGACGAUGAAUUCCAAUGGCUUCAAUCUUUCCUCACCAUCGAGCGCUUCCAACUUCUUCUCGGGAAGGAUCAUAAACCCGAUUUCCGGUACGCACGAUUCGAGAUGCCAGAGAUCAGGGUGGUGCAUUUUGUUGUUUAUGGGAUACUGGAAAAGGGAGUUAGUUCUAGUUCGGUCAUUGAUGGGCUUGCGAAGAGUUUGGGAGAGUUUGUUAGGGCGAGAGUUGUGGAUGUACCGAGGAGGUUUUUGGGGAGGCCUGGGGUCGGGGAGGAGGAGGUUGUUGAGGCUAGGUUGUGAGCGGUUCUUCGGCGGAUAGUGGAGAAUUUGAACGAACAUUCAAAACCAGUCGGCAAUGCAAUAUUUACUGCUAGCCCCGUUUUCUUCCAUCUUUCUUGCGGUUGUAGAGUUAUCGGAAGGGUUGCGAUUCAGUACGCCCAUGUUUUGAUAUGUACAGAAAUUUACUUUCCGAAUCGGCCCGGGGGCCAUUAAGAGCUGAGGCACGAAGCUCAAAUCGGAG